CCUGCAAUGGCGCCUCUUGUGAUUUUAUUUAAUAACAACAAAAUUAUCAGAGAGAGAAAUCGAUUUUGUGUGUGACAUUUUAAUCUCAAAAUAAAAGAGACAAAACAAGACAACAAGUUCUGAGAAUUAUAUCCAAUUGUUUAAUUAUAAAUUUACAAUUAUUUGUUUAUUUUAAACAAUAUAAUUUGUAUAUUGAUAAAUUAAAUAACAUGUCAUCAGUGUUUAUGUGUGCAUUAAUAAAUCAUUGUGUUGAUGAAUGAAAAAAAAAAAAGGAAAAUAUAAAAAAUGUUUAUUAUGAUUGUGUUUAAUCAAACAUGACAACAUGACAAAAUGGCGUCUAUUGGUAUUCAUAAACGUCAAAAUAAGUGAUGAUAUAAUUAAUAAUCUACAAAAUCAAUUGAAAUUUCAUAUAAAAAUUAUACAAAAAAAAAUAUAAUUACUUAUUGAUUAUCUUUAUUAUUUUUCUCAUGUUGGUAUAAUUUUGUUGUUUUUUUUUUUAAUUUUCAUUUGUGAUUUAUUGAUGUUAUGGUGGAUAAUCUUGUGUGAUGACUGAUGAUAGUAACUGAUAAUGAGUUUAUCAAUAAAACUAUUAAGUGAUUUAUAAAAAUAAAUAAAAAAUAAACCUGAUGUUUUGAUAAUGAUACCAAGUCGCGUCAUUUAUGGCGCCUCAAGUAAACUACGCGGUAGAAAAACAACCUACACCCUGUAUGAAUAUAAAAAAAUUUAUAUUUUCAUGAUCAAUGGCUUUAUUUGAGAAAAAAUAUACAAAUAAAGUAUUGCUUGAUGAUACUAUUAAAUUAACAAGUGUCAUUGAAAAUGCUAGAAAAAUUGACGGUCAUACGGAAUACGUGAUUAGAGUACAAAGAGGUCCAUUACCAGAUAAUUCUUGGCGUAUUAGCCAUCGUUACAAUGACUUCGUCCAGCUCAAUAAUGCAUUAUCAAUAUCAGGCAUUGAUUUAUCAUUGCCACCUAAAAAAAUCAUUGGUAAUAUGGAUGCUGAAUUUGUAGCUCAACGACAAAUUGGAUUACAAAAUUAUUUAAACACAAUACUAAUGAAUCCCAUAUUAGCUUCAUCGUUACCGAUGAAACAUUUCCUUGAUCCCAAUAAUUAUACAGCACCCUUACAUGAAAUAGCAUUGCAACAAGUGUCACUGGCACUUCGUAGUGAUGCAAAUUUCGAAAUUGGUAAACCAAUUGUUGAUAUGGGUUGGCGUUUACGUAAACAUUAUUAUACUGUUAAAAAUCGUCAAAAUCCAAAACAAGAAUUAAUUUUAGCAUGGGUUGAAUUUGGUCCAGAUAAACAUUUACAAGAUAAAGAUAUGCAAAAUGUAUAUAAAAGUUUGGGUAAUUUAAAACAUAUUAAUAUUGAAAGUAUGGUACAUCAACAUGUCACUGAAAAUGGUGCAUUAACUAUUAGAAAUUUUUAUCCAAAUGGUACAUUAAGAGAUAUAUUAUGUAUGACUAAACCAAAACAACCAUUUAUUAAAAAAUAUGGUAAUCCAAAACAAACAAAAUCAUUAACAAUAACUGAAAUAUCAAUGUAUGGUUAUCAAAUCCUACAAGCACUAUGUUAUAUUUAUGAUAAAGGUUUACGUUAUGGUCAUUUACAUACUGGUAAUAUAUUAUUAACAUCAACUGGUAUUAAGUUACUUGAUCUUGAAAAUGGAUUACUUGGUUUACCAGCAUUUUAUCGUCCAUAUGUUGUACAAAGACGUAGGCUACAUGCAACAACACAAGUUGAUGUUUAUUCAUUUGGUCAUGUGUUGUAUGAAAUGACAUUUGGUAGACCAUUACUUGAAGCAACAUGUAAUGAUUUAUCACACUAUGAUGAUAAAUUAAAAAAUUUACUUGAAAUAAUAUUAUCACCAGAAGCACUUAAACAAGAUCUUCCAGUAUUUACUAAAUUAAUUGAACAUCCAUUUUUUGAUAAUGCUAAAAAAAUUACAUUAGCUGGUAGUUCAAUUGAAAAACCAUAUUUUAAAUUAAGUAAUCAUCUUAAAGAUGUAUUACUAGAAGCUGCGAGUAAAGCAGAACAACGUUUAAAAGAUGAACAAAAAGUUGCUAGACAUCAAAAAAAACUUGUUAAAGUACAAGAAAUGAUGAGCUCUGAAGAAGAAAUGAAAAAACGAAAACAAAAAUUGAAAAAAGAACAAAAACUUGCACAAGAAAAAAAUUCUACAAGUAAUAAAAUUGGAACAAAUGAAAUUAAAAAAAUUAAUGGAAAAAAUUCUGAACGUUCAGAUAGUCCAACAAGUACAUCAACAACAACAAGUAUUGGCACACCAACACCACCAUCUGGAUCUACAGACCAUGGGAUCAGAUAUAAAAAACAUAAAAAUAAUAAUAGGAAUAGUAAAAUUAUUAAAAAUAUAUGUCCACCAGCUCCACCCUUACCACCACCAGCACCACAACAAUUAUCAUCAUCAUCAGUGUCAUCAAAUGUCCCAUCCAACACUACGAAAGAUCGCUCCGCCUUACUUGGUAGUAUAUGUGAUUUUAAUAAAUCUAAUCUUCGUAAAAUAAAAAAUUGAUUAUUAUAUUUCGAAAUUUAGUAAAUGUAAUUUUCAAAAGAAAAAAAAAAAAUUAAUAUUCAUUUAUAUUUUGAAAUAGCCAAAAACAAAAAAAAAAAUAACAGAUUACAAAUGAAAAUAUCUAGAAAUUCAAAGAUUAAUUUUUGAUCAUUUAAUUUUAUAGAAAAAUAAUAAAUAAAAAAAUACCUGAGAUUAAAAAAAAUAAAUAAAUAAAAUAAUUGUUUAUCUGUAAAAAAAAAUAUAUAUAUAUGAGAUUAAUAUGGAGUGUAAUUUGUGUAAAAGAAAAAUCUUUUGGCGUUGUAAUUUAUUCAACUAUUUUUAUUCGAUUAAAAUAAAUUAUCCUCUCUCUGUCUCUCGGUGGUUUAAAAAUAUCGUGGCCAAUAUUGUAAAUAUUAAGAUGAAAGCUUGUUCUUUUGUAAAUGUAUUAUAGAAGAUAUAAUUUAUUAUGUUGUUAUAUUUUCAUCUUCCAAUCAAACGACUGGAAUGCAUGUAAAGUUAUUAAUAAUUUUAUUAAGUUUAUUAUUAUUUUCUUAAUAUUAUAAUUAAAAAUUCCUUGAAUAUUUAUAUUGCCUCUUGAUAAUUGUGUACAAUUAAAUAGCCAAACUAAAAACAAAAAAAAAGAUAUAAUAUAUUAAAUAAAAAUAUUAAUCACGAGAUUAAACAAAUACUGUAAUUAAUUGUAAUAUUUACAAAAUUACAUUUUGUGUUUUGUGUAUAAGAAAAAAAUAUUGUAAUUCCAAAUAAAACAAAAAUUGAAAUACA